AUGCAGCCCCAGCGACGCCGGCGUGAGUCCCUCACGCCCCAGCAGCUGCGUGAGUGGUACGCUGGUUGGGGCUGUAGGGGUGGCGACGCUACUCCUCCUACCACUCCUGCUGCUUCUACUCGUGGUGGCGGCCAGAUGCAGCUCUCGCGACCCUCUCGCGUGUCUCUCACGCCUCGCCAGCUUCGUGAGUGGUACGCUCAGAGUGGAGGGUCUCUCAGUGCUGUUCGCUGCUCUUACGUGAUUCGCACUGGUACUCGGACUGGUAUAGGACCUGCUGCUCUAGCUACUGGUGAGGCUGCUGCUCUGGGUGCUAGUGAGUCUCCGGCUCCAGGUACAGGUGCGGCUGCUCCUCUAGGUGCUAGUGAGUCUGCUUCCUCAGGUGCGGGUGAGGCUGCGCUCUCAGGUACCGCGUUGGCUUCGGCCUCCCUCACCUUUACACUUGACUCUGGGGCUUCUCGCUCCUUCUUUCAGGACCGCACCACACUCACGCCGCUUGGUCGGCCGGUUGCAGUCUCCCUGGCUGACCCCUCUGGGGGUCCUGUCCUCGCUCACUUCUCCACUGUCCUCCCGUGUCCGGCUGCCCCCUCGGGCACCCUGUCUGGCCUGUACCUCCCCUCGUUCUCGACGAACUUGGUGAGUGGUGCAGACCUACAGGAUGCGGGGGUUCACCAGUUCACUCCUGCGAGUCAGCGGGUGACCCACUGCACGGACGCACGCACAGGCCGGCACCUGGCCACGUUCUCGCGUCGGCCGGGGUCGAGCCUCUACACCCUGACCACUGAGUCUCCUCCUGUCCCCGCGUCCGGUCAGGUAGCAGCGUCGGGUCAGGUGUUUGCUGCUGCGUCCAGGUCUGGUCCUGAGUCUGCCCCCUGUUCGUGUCGCCUCCUGUCUCACGAGACUCUUCUGUGGCACCACCGUCUAGGCCACCCCUCCUUGCCCCGUCUUCGGGGCAUGGCUUCCCGUGUCCUUGUCUCUGGUCUUCCCCAGUCUCUCCCUCCCCUUCCUUCGGGACCAGGACCUUCCUGUGUCCCCUGUGUCGAGGGGCGCCUCAGGGCUGCUCCUCACUCCUCCCAGUUUCCCCCGACAGAGGCUCCCCUGCAGACGCUUCACAUGGACGUGUGGGGCCCGGCCCCCGUCCGUGGGCAGGGUCACGAGCGCUACUUCCUGUUGGUGGUUGACGACUACUCGCGUUACACCUCAGUCUUCCCCUUGCGCAGCAAGGGUGCUGUCACUGAGGUGCUGAUCGACUGGAUCCGCGAGGCUCGUCUCCAGCUCAGGAGGAGCUUCGGCUCGGACUUUCCUGUUCUGCGUCUGCACUCUGACCGAGGUGGGGAGUUCUCCUCUCGCCUUCUGCGAGACUACUGUCGUGCACAGGGGAUCCGCCAGACCUUUACGCUUCCGGACUCUCCACAGCAAAAUGGGAUUGCUGAGCGCCGCAUUGGCAUGGUCAUGGAUGUCGCUCGUACGUCCAUGAUGCAUGCGGCUGCCCCCCAUUUUCUGUGGCCGUUUGCGGUUCGGUACGCGGCGCAUCAGCUCAACCUUCACCCCAGGGUCUCUCGGCCCGCGAUGUCCCCAGUGUUACUGUGGACGGGGAAGGUCGGCGAUGCGUCUGCGUUCCAUGUCUGGGGAUCUCGGGCGUUUGUCCGCGACUUGUCUGCGGACAAGCUGUCCCCUCGUGCUGCUCCCUGUGUCUUCCUUGGCUUCCCCCCUGACGCUCCAGGGUGGCAGUUCUACCACCCCUCCUCUCGUCGUGUUCUGUCUUCCCAGGACGUCACGUUCGACGAGUCAGUCCCCUUCUACCGCCUCUUCCCCUACCGUACUCCUUCCCUUCCCCCCCCACCGGACUUCCUGGUACCAGUUCCCCCCCCGGUAGACCCCCUCCGCCCUCACGUUCCUGCCCCUUCGGGUGUGUCCCAGGUAGACACGGUCGAGCCAGUCGAGGUUGCUGCUGAGUCUGGUCCUGCUGCGGGUGCUGAGCCUGGGGGUGCUGCUGCUGGGGGUGCUGAGCCUGUGGGUCCUGAGCCUGGGGGUGCGAGGCCGGGGGGUGCUGAGUCUGGGGGUGCUGAGCCGGGGGGUGCUGAGCCGGAGGGUGCUACGUCAGGAGCUGCUGAGCCUGGGGGUGCUGGGCCUGGAGGUGCGGAGCCUGCGCCUGCUGGACCUGGGGGCUCUCCGGUUCUUCCGUCUCGGCGGGAGCCGCUCUCUCCACAGGAGCUGCGCGAGUGGUUUGCUCGCCGCUGGAGGCGUGCUGCUGGAGCUGGAGCUUCUUCGCCUGCUGAGGGUGCUGCCGGUCCCGGAGCUGCUGGGCCUGCGGGUCCUACUGGAGCUGGAGCUACUGAGUCUGGGGGUGCUGAGUCUGGAGCUGCUGAGCUUGGAGGUGCUGAGUCUGGAGCGGCUGUGCCUGGGGGUGCUGAGUCUGGAGCUGCUGAGCCUGGGGUUUCUCCUGCUGCUGCGUCUCGCCGGGAGCCCUUCUCUCCACAGGAGCUGCGUGACUGGUUUGCUCGCCGCUGGAGGAGUGCUGCUGGAGCUAGAGCUUCGUCGACCGUCGAGGGUGCUGGUGCUGCCGGUCCCGGAGCUGCUGGGCCUGCGGGUCCUACUGGAGCUGGAGCUGCUGAGGGUGUUGGUGCUGAGACUACUGCUGUCUGUCCUGGCGGUGGUUCUGCUGCUGGUGCUGCUGGAGGUCCUGCCGCUGGAGGUGUUGGUGGCGCUGGUGCUGUCGCUGAGGGUGCUGGUGCUGUCCCUGCUGAGUCUGGAGCUGCCGCGCGGCCUCGGCCGUACUUCGUUCCGCUCCUACAGCAGGUUCUUGGUCUUUCUCCUUCGGUAGAGUGUCCACAGCCUGUCCAGUCGCAGUCACUGUUGGAGCCUUCCUCUCCUCUGCCUGCUCCCUCUCCUUACACUGGUCCUACUGGAGGUCUUGCUGAGCGUCGUGAGCCUGCGUCUCGUCCCGCGUCGCCUGUUCGUGCUGCUCGCGCUAGUGGUCGCGGUUCGCGUCAGCGUCCUCCUCCUGUCCCUGGCACGCACCGGAUGUCUCUGCGUCCGUCCACUGCUCCUCUGCGUGCCCCUUUGCCUUCUCCUCCUGAGUCCUCUCUUCCUGCGCUUGCCGACCCUGAGUCGGACUCUCUUCGCGCUGCCAGUCCUACUGUCACGCGUCUGCUUGCUACUGUCGUCACUGACCCCUCUUUUGAGUCCACUGCUGCGUCUGCUCUAGUCGCUGAGCUCGUUGACUUUGCUGCUCGCUGUCGUCUCGACUACGCUGCUGGUCUUGUUGCUGAGUCUGCGUCUGUCUGUCCUCCGUCCGUUGGGGGUGAGUGUGCUCUUGGCACGGACGUCCUAGAGGACAGACAGGAGGAGUUACAGUGUCUAGCGGCUGCUUCACCUCAUCUCGCGUCUGUACUGCUUGCCCCUGAGGGAGACCCGGAUGCACUAGACAUCCCGACUCCGCGUUCUUACGCGGAGGCCGUAGAGGGUCCCUACUCCUCUCAGUGGCAGGCAGCUAUGGAUGCAGAGAUGGCUUCCUGGAAGUCCACAGGCACCUACGUUGACGCGGUUCCCCCUCCUGGGGCGAACAUCGUCAGUGGCAUGUGGAUCUUCCGGGUGAAGCGGCCGCCGGGCUCUCCACCUGUCUUCAAGGCGCGGUACGUUGCUCGUGGCUUCAGUCAGCGGCAGGGAGUUGACUACUUUCAGACCUUCUCUCCCACCCCGAAGAUGACCACUCUUCGGGUGCUGCUGCACAUAGCCGCUCAGCGCGACUACGAGCUUCACUCUCUCGACUUCAGCACUGCGUUCCUGCAGGGUAGCCUGCACGAGGAGAUCUGGCUGCGCCGUCCACCUGGCUUCACUGGGAAUUUCCCUCCUGGCACCCAGUGGAGCCUCCGACGGCCAGUCUACGGUCUCCGCCAGGCACCGCGUGAGUGGCACGACACACUGAGGACUACGCUUGCGGCUCUUGGGUUUGCUCCUUCUACUGCUGACCCGUCGCUGUUUCUGCGCACCGACACUUCACUACCGCCGUUCUACAUCCUCGUGUACGUCGACGACUUGGUCUUUGCCACAGCGGACACUGCUGGACUCGCCUACGUGAAGUCCGAACUGCUGAAGAGACACACGUGCACAGACCUGGGUGAACUGCGCAGCUACCUUGGCUUGCAGAUCACUCGGGACAGAGCACGCCGCACCAUUACCUUGACUCAGUCACACAUGGUGCAGCAGGUCCUUCAGCGCUUCGGCUUCACGUACUCCUCGCCUCAGGCCACUCCUCUGCCUACUCGCCACUCACUCUCAGCUCUGCCUUCGGAUGAGUCCGUAGAGUCGAGUGGUCCGUAUGCAGAGCUUGUUGGCUGCCUCAUGUACCUGAUGACCUGCACACGACCUGACCUUGCAUACCCUCUGAGCAUUCUUGCACGCUAUGUUGCUCUUGGGAGACACAGACCAGAGCACAUGGCUGCAGCGAAGAGGGUAUUGCGCUACCUGUGCGGUACGUCGGGCAUGGGGCUUGUGCUUGGAGGGCGGAGUCCAGUGGUCCUUACCGGCCACGCGGACGCUUCUUGGGCUGACGACCAGGCUACGCAGCGGUCGUCACAGGGUUACACCUUCAGCCUUGGUUCCGGCUCUGUCUCGUGGCGGUCUACUCGCUCGUCUUCGGUUCUCAGCUCCAGUUGUGAGGCUGAGAUCUACGCCGGGGCCAUGGCUGCACAGGAGCUUCGCUGGCUCACCUACCUGCUAACUGACCUUGGAGAGCCGCCUCGUUCUCCUCCAGUGCUGUACGUAGACAACAAGGCCAUGCUGGCCUUGUGUCGAGAGCAGCGCUUGGAGCACAGAACGAAGCACAUUGCUCUCCGCUACUUCCUUGCUCGUGAGCUGCAGCAGCGUGGUCAGUUGCGACUUGCGUACGUGGCCUCUGAGGCCAACACUGCUGAUGUGUUCACCAAGGCACUUGCGCCUUGUGAUCAUCAGCGCUUUUGCACCCAGCUGGGUCUUGUGUCUGUCUUGCCUCACUUGCUCUCCUCUUGA